UCACUGUAGGUACUAAAUUUAGUCUCUUAUACGCAGUAACGAUUGUGUAUUAUUUAAACCCCACUAUCCUGACGUGUAACAUUAUAAAUAAAGAAGAAUGGAACGUUGGCUUAAAGGUGUUAAACGUGUUGCAACAACAUCUAAUGACGCUGAAUGUUCAAAAGCAGUGCGCGCGGAGAAUAUAGCAAUCACCGAUCCAGAAGAUGAUACCACGACGUCAAGCUCGACGGUUUCAAAGACGAAAAGAAGGAAGUAUGAUGAAUCUUAUAUCAGUUUCGGAUUUGUUGAUUCCAACGGCUCACCUCUCUGCAUGCUCUGUAGUAAACUGCUUCCUAAUAGUUCCAUGGCACCUGCCAAAUUGCGCCGACAUUUAGAAACUGUACACCCCGAGUCUAAAGACAAGAAUAAAGAAUUUUUUGUUCGCAAAAAAGAUCAGUUAUUAGAAAGUCAAAAAAAUAUGAUGCAUGUAACACAAACUAUCAACGAAAAGGCCACGGAGGCAUCAUAUUUAGUUAGCUAUCGCAUUGCACAAGCAGGUGAAGCGCAUACUAUCGCUGAGAAAUUAAUAAAACCAUGUGUAUUAGACAUAACAAAAUGUAUGCUCGAUGAAAAAUCUGCAAAGCAUCUUUCUAUUGUUCCGUUAUCAAACGAUACUGUUUCACGACGAAUCCAUGAUUUGGCAAGCUACGUCAAACAAGAACUAGUUACACGUCUACAAAAUACACGAUUCGCCUUGCAAAUGGACGAGUCGACUGAUGUCGCUGGUUUGGCUAUCCUGCUGGUUAUUGUGAGAUAUCCAUAUAAAAGUUCUUUUGAAGAAGACAUGCUUAUGUGUUCAUCGCUGCUUACAAACACUACCGGGGAAGAAAUUUUUAAAAAAAUAAAUAUAUUUUUUUAAGAAAAUAAUCUCAGUUGGAACAAUUGCAUUGACAUUUGUACAGAUGGGGCCAAGGCGAUGACAGGUAAAACAGCAGGAGCAGUGUCACGAAUGAAAAAUAAAGCGCCUAAUUGUAGUUCCAGUCAUUGUAUUCUGCAUAGACAAGCACUUGCGAUGAAGCAAAUGCCGUCAAAUCUAAAAUUAGUUAUGGAUGAAGCGGUAAAAAUAAUUCAUUUUAUCAAAUCACGACCACUACAAUCCCGAUUGUUCUCAUUAUUGUGUGAAGAUUAUGGCAGCAAACAUAAAACACUGCUGCUCCAUACAGAAGUGCGAUGGCUGUCUCGGGGUAAAACUUUAACAAGGCUAUUUGAACUUAGAGCCGAGUUACAAAUGUUUCUUUCAGCAGAUACUUCUUUUAAUUUGAAGGACCGUUUUUAUGAUAACACUUGGUUGUUCCGAUUGUCUUUUAUGGCGGAUAUCUUUCAAAAACUUAACGAAUUGAAUUUAUCGUUGCAAGGUAAACAGACAACAGUGUUUCAGGCCUAUAAUAAAAUAACUGCUUUUAAAAGAAAAUUAGAUUUUUGGAUCAUUUGCAUUGGUAAGAAAGAAAUAGAAAGCUUUACGUUACUCAGUGAGUUUGUUAGCGAAAACGACUCAGAAAUGUUUGAAGAUGAUGUGUUUGAAGAAUUGGUCCAAUAUCUCAGUUCGAUGCGCGCAUCUUUUGAAAAGUAUUUUCCCGAAGAACACAAUACAAAAAUUAAAGUGAAUUCAUGGAUUCAUAAUCCUUUUUUACCCAACUUGGAAAAGCCUGAAAACAUGUCAAACGAGAUAUAUGAAUCUCUUUUAGAAAUGUCAUCAGACACAAGUAUGGAGUCACUGUUCAAAACGACGCCUCUCAAUGAUUUUUGGUGCAGAAUCCAAGAUGAAUGUGCAAUGCUUGGCCAAAUGGCUCUGGAUAUUCUUCUCCCGUUCCCAACUACAUAUUUGUGCGAAACAGGAUUCUCUACCUACGCAGCCACGAAAACAAAAUAUCGCAAUAGACUGGACGCCGAAGCUGAUAUGAGACUCCAACUUUCUUCCAUCAAACCUGAUAUCAACCAAUUGAUGAAAAAUAAAAAACAGUUUCAUACCUCCCACUAGUUAGAUUUUUUCUUUUUUAAUGUUUUCUA